UUGUCCGGUCACUUGUGGAGACGGCCUUCAAAUUCGAUCCCGACAAUGCAAUGACAUCAUUGCUAAUGAGAGAGUGCCUUACCAGCAUUGCGAAAAGCUCAACCCUGGCGAGACUUCCACUCAAAGUUGCGAUGUUCCUCCGUGUAGUGCAUGGACUGAAUGGGGAGAAUGGGCCAAAUGCAAUUACAAUAUAACAGGGGAGACGAUUCUGCGAUCAAGGCAGUGCGAGCACGUGUCGGAGGGCGUUAUUGAUGCGACCAAUUGUGGCAAAAGUGGCGAUGCCACUGAUACUGAAACAUGUCCUGAUCUGAAAAUCUGUCCCGAGGAAAGACCCCACGUUUUCAACGAGGGCACGGCCUGUUGCAAGUUCUACUACCGGACAAACUCGAGUUCACUUUGUGAUGGUGGGUUCCUCGGUUUGAAUGACCCUUUGGAGUGUUGUCCGGAGGGUGACCAUGAGGAUUGCGAUAACGAACCCGGGUAUUGUCAGGAUCAUGAAGUAGCCCCGACUUAUUGUCCGAAAAAUCCCAACGCUCAAAGAGGAGGCAACUACGCAUUGAUUAAAACCAAUCUCCAGCUUUCGAUGCUGAAUGCUUCGAGACAUUGCGUUGAAAACGAAAACGGCAAACUCCCUGAUGUUUUAGAAAGCAAACUUUUCGGAUCAUUCAUGCAGAACCAUCCAUCGUUUACUUUUUGGACAAGUCUGGAAAAACCUUUGCGAAGUGCCUGUUCAGGCCCAAGUUGCGAAAACAGUAGCGAACUUCUUUGGGGCGAUGGAUCUAUGUUGAGCAAUCCCGAGGAGUUACCCAUCGAGUUGGAAGCAACUGGAAGUUGUGCAAAGUUGAUCAUUUCUGCCACUGCAUCAGAUAAUUUCAAAGUGAUGACGGAAGACUGCGAUGCAUUAAUUGAUGUUGUAUGUCUUGUGCAGUGUCGCUUUUCAGCCCCUGCGACUUGCCCUACAUCUCAUCCUGUAGCCUUAAAUAAUGGCUUGAACUGCUGCAAGGAUUUCAGGAAAAUGUUCAAACCCUCAGUUGAUCCUACUUGUGAUGCCUCAGAAGUUGAUUUGAGUGAUAAGGUGGAGUGUUGUGCGGAUGCCGUGGCAUGUGAAGAUCAGGUCAACGGUUGCGAAAGUGCUCAAUUCUCAAGACACUUCUGUCCCGCGCAACCUUAUUUGAAGAGAUAUGGCGAUUCGGCAAUGCACCUAAAUCUAUCUGUAAAACUUAAUUACUCGGCCAUGGCGGACUAUUGUUUGGACAACUAUCAAUAUUACUUACCUAUGCUUAAAACACCGUGGGAUUUGGAUGCUUUUGAAGUUUCAACACUGCAAGUGGGCGAUUUCUUCUUGGGCAUUGAUUUUUUGGUAGGUACGCAGUGUUUAUCUACUGCCAAUUGCAUUGCUGAGCCUUCAUUAAAAUGGAGUGAUGGAACACGUCUAACCGAAAUUGGGUAUAACAAUAUUGUCAUUCUCAAUCCGACCUCAAAUGGAUACAUCGGCAUUCGGAAAGUUUUCGGAUUGUAUGGAAAAAACAACAUUGAAACCUUGCACAUUGCGUGUCCAAUCGCAUGCUCCGACGCGGUGACGGUCUGUCCAAAGGAGCAUCCUUUCGUUACUGGAAAUGGCCUUCUUUGCUCCAAAAAUUUUAAGCGUAUCAAAGACGUGUCAGUCAAUCUUUUAUGUGAUGGAGACAGUUUGCAGUCUGAGGAUCCACCAGAAUGUUGCGACGAAUGCGUGGCUUGUCCCAAAGCUAAUGCCAAAUGCUCCAAUGGACCGUAUUCUGACAUAUUCUGUCCGGCGAAUAAUCAAGCAAUCCGAGUUGGGGGUGAUCUGGGCUACAUCGUAAGGAAAGACCUCUCCAUGAAUGUUGAAGAUGCAUCCAAGUAUUGCCACUUAGGCGGUCGAUUGCCAAGGUAUCUCAAUGAAGUGGACUUUAACAUAUUUUUGCAGCAUCAUGACCCCAUAAAUUUUUGGACUAGUUUGGAGACACACUUACUCAACGCCUGCUCCGAUUCUGAUUGCGUCAAUCAGACCUCAGUUCGUUGGGAAGAUGAAUCUAUGAUGGAGAGCACCGGAGAUGUUCAAGUGAACAUGGCGGCCAAGAAAUGCGGAUCAAUGGCUGUAAAUAGUAGAGUCUCUCCGAAAAUAAAACUUGUCCCCAAUGUGUGUACAGCAGCGCUGUCAGUGGUGUGUGAAGUGUUUUGCUCGACUUCUGAGCCAAAUUAUUGCCCAAAAAGUCAUCAAUAUGCAACCAAUAACGGGCAAACAUGUUGUCGCGAUUUCAAUCGGAAAUUUGACAUCGACACUAAUGUAUUGUGCGACGGGUCUGAAUUACUUGCCACCGAUCCGGAUGAUUGCUGCUUCGAUCCCAUUCCGUGCCCCCACACCACCAUUGGCUGCCUAGAUGCACCCAGAUCAAAAAAAUUUUGCCCAACUAAGCCCGAUUUUGUACGAUCCGAUGGGCAUGCCUUCUCUUCGGCUAUUACUAAUUUACCGUAUUUUGAAGUCAAGAAAUACUGCCAAGAAGAGGAAAAUGGUGAAUUGCCAAUCAUUAAAAGUCCCUUCAAUUAUGACGCAACUCAACCUGCGUUGAAUGGACAUGAUAAGUUUUUCCUCGGUGCCACUUAUGAGAGUGGAAUCGCAUGCGCCGGGGAAUCGAAUUGUGUUGGUCCACCAAUCAAUUUUAACUGGAGUGAUGGAAGCCCCGGAAAAGUCAUCAAUGGGCACAGUUUUAGAUUUCUAGCAGGAUUUUUCUCGGGAUUACAACUGAUAUAUUAUUUCAAAAUAAUCCAAUCGCACGCUAAAUCUGUUUCAAUAAGAACAAGCGUUUGCCAAACCCCAUGCAGCCAAGGAGCAUCCUUUUGCCCAAGAAGUCAUCCGUAUGCCACGAAUUUGGGAGGACAUUGUUCCAAAACCCCGUGGAAAUUCAAUGAUGAGAGUGCUAAUCCGGAUUGUGAUGGGUCGAAAUUAAGGUUCGAAGAUAAAGUGGAUUGCUGUCCAGAUUGUGAACGCUGUCCCGGAAACUUUACUCGGUGCAAAAACAACCAAUAUGUUGAAAGUUAUUGUGCAAAAAAUGCCAACGCCACACGAUUUGGCCCCAACGGAUAUAUUCUACUUUCUGAAGUGGGAAAAGAGAAUUUAUCAACAGCCGGUCAAGCCUGCGCAGCCAUUGGAGGGAGACUGCCCAUUCUCAAAUCGGGGCUGGUUAUGGGCGGAAUUGUUGAUUUCCUUGAAUCAAUUUCUUAUCGAGCGUCUGAUUCUCAUUGGAUUGGAUUGGAGUCACAAGUCGGUACUUCAUGUACCAACGCUGAUUGUACCAAUUCCAAUGCUGUCUUUUGGGCUGAUGGAUCAUCAUUUACUCACUUUCCAUCUAUGAAUUUUCUUACUACGGACUUUCGUUGCAACGUGCUCAGAAACAGCGUUUUUGUUGGAACAAAUUGCGCCCAUUUGAAAGAUGUCGUAUGCGAAUUCGCUUGUGACGAAGACUACAUGAUUUGCCCUGAGGAUCAUCCAUUCGCCAUUGGCAAAGGGAAAGCAUGCUGCAACGACAAGAUCAAAAAGUUUGACCUUGCUCUCAAUCCAUCAUGCGAUGGAUUAGCAUUUGGCCCUGACGACCCAAUGGAAUGUUGUCCCGAUCUCAUGACUUGUACCAAACCAAAGUGUCAUAGUCACCCUCUUCAAAGCUGGUUUUGUCCUCUGCAUCCAGAGAGUUCGCGGAGUGGAUUUUCGACUGCGAAUCUUAUUGGAAGUCCUGGAAAUACAUUGACUCGAGAUGAUGCUCUUCAGGCGUGCCAAACUCAAUAUAAUGCAUCGCUUUUGUCCUUGGAUCAUCCAUUGGCCUAUGAGCACUUAUUUGUGGGUAGCAAUACGCAAGCAUUUAAGACAUGGCUGGACUUCACCUAUGGGUUCAAUGAUAAAUACCAAUGCGAUUGGACCAAGGAAUGCCACAAGGAAGCCAGGAGGUUGUAUUGGCCUAAUGGAAGACCAUUGAUUCAAGUGGACCUAUGGGCGACAUCUGUUACUAGUAAUCCCAGCGCUCCAUAUUUUUCCAUAACUCAUGCCAGGGGUAUUGCUCAAACCACCGAUGUUGCAAGUGGACAAGCCAUCUGCCAACGGGAAUGCUUCUCAAAGCCGGAACCCUGCCCUGCUGACCAUCCUUUUGCCACCGAUCGUGGCCAACAGUGCUCCAAAUACUACGAACGCCUCAUUGGAGGCACAUGUGAGGAAGGAUUUUUGGAAUUGACGGACCCUGUCGAAUGUUGCAUUUCAUGCAUUCCGUGUCCAGUUGCCGACCGACCGUGUACCAACGCAAAAAGUGCAAAAGAUUAUUGCCCGACUGUUCCUGGAGCGAAGAGAUCAACCGACCAUGUGGGAUUCCUGGUGGCCAAUGUGUCAGAUUCAUCACUUGGAUUGUGGGACGCCCAAAGUUUUUGUAUUUCAAAUCACACAGGUCACCUACCGUUCAUCAAAUUAGAGCAAGACUUAUAUAGCCUAGCAAGUCUCUUUAGUACCUCGACCAAAAUGUGGUUGGGAGCCACAGGGCCGACGGAACAUGCUUGUAACAGACUUUGUAAUCCUUUGGAAAAGUACACUUACUGGGAUGGAACAACCUUCCCAACUGAUCUGAUGUUGAGGUUUGGUUUGGUAACCAGGGCCACAAGUAUUAGUAUUCAGACUGAUGUCGCCAUGCCUUACAACAGCAUUUUGGCAAAAAAUAAAAACCCCAUGGAUGCAAUUGCUUGCGAGAUCAGUUGUAGCUACUACGAAGGAGUGAUUUGCCCUAUGGAUCAUCCAUUUGCCUUCAACAGAGGUGAAAGUUGUUGCAGCCAAUUCACAACAACUUGCCCAGGCACAUUUUUGUCCCAUAGCAAUGGACCCGAGUGUUGUCAGACAAAUGUUUCAUGUCAAGAUUCCACAAAGAAGUGCCAGAACCAUCCAAAUUUCAUGCGACUUUGCCCACAGUUCCCCGAAUCUUUCCGAUUUGGAACAAAAUCCUUCCAGGUGAUUGAUGGAGGUAACAAGAGCACAUAUGCCGAGGCUAGGUCUAAGUGUGAAAGCUUAGGAGGAAUACUACCGAUUGUCAAGGAGGUAGAGGUUUACGAGGAGCUCACUUAUCUGAUUAAAUACCAUGAAUUACCCAUCUUUGAAAUGUGGACAUCGUUGCAGAAUCUGGAUGGUGUGUCAUGCUUUCGAGACACUUGUAACAAUAAUAAUAUUGAAUGGGCCGAUGGAACAUUCUUUGCUUACGAGGAUCUUGGCUUUUCUUUCCGAGGAGAAGUUGAACCAAAAACUUGCCACAGAAUCAGGUUGGAUGUCUUGGACCGAUUGUCUUUGGCUCUUUUCAGUGCCAUAGAUUGUGCCAGUCAAUUCUCUACCAUAUGCCAAUUUGAAUGUUCAUGAAGAAGAAAACGGUUUGAUACUUAAAUGCACAAUAAAUACAAAGUGAAAUGUUUAGAA